GGAGAGCGCCCCAGAGCGCUCGCGUGGCGGGCCGGUGAUUGUAGUCAAUCUGGCAGUAUUUUCAGGCAGGGUCGCCCGGGGCGGACUACAUCUCCCGCGAUGCUCCACGGCCCCCUCCGCUGAAGAUUGUGAAUAUGUAUCAGAAUGUUAAUGAUUAGCUGCUGCUAAAUUUGGUCAAAGAAGUCACCUACACAGAGCGUGUUGUUAGAGCUGUUCUGAGCGGGUGUUUGGGUUGUUGGCUGCUUUCUUCCCCAUUUCUCACACACUUGUAUAUUAUUUUGAGGUGGUGUUCGCAGAGUUUGAAAGGAGAGAGAAUUAAAAAAAAAAAAAAGCCGCAAGCGUUUCACUCUUUUAUUUUUAUAAUCCCCUUCAAUUUGGGGUUAAAAAAAAGACAAGAAACAGGAAGGAAGAAAAAUAAGGAAAUGAGAUGUGGUAAAAGAAGCUAAAAGGUGCCUUUUAAAAGAUCGUUGCUGUGAAGUGAAAAAAAAUCUCCAGAGAAACCAAAAAGCACCGCCGAGACCUCUUCCGAACCAAAGGAGUUUGUGUUUGCUUUUAGGGAAGAAGAAGAUCAUUCAUUCGGAGGAAUAACAACCAAUUAAAAGACAAAUAAAAAAGUUUGGAGUGGGACGCAGAGCGAGCGAGCGGCGCUGCCGGCGGGCGGUGGGGCGCGGAGCUCGCACUUUCCCGGCUGGGUGAGCGGCGGCCGCGGCGCCGGGCUCGGCGGGUGCGCCUCGGCGGAGCUGAACGUCGGAGCGUUGCCUCGGGAGACGCGCGCCGGACAAUGCCCGCGGCGGGCCAGUGACGCCCGCGGGGAAUGCGGAGCGGCCCGGCUGCCGGCACCCAGCCGCCGCCGCGCGUUCCUGCCGCCCGUGUCACGCGAGACCCGGCGGGGGCCGGGACCGCCCGAGCCGCCCCUCAGACCGAGCCGGCCGCCUCUGCCGCCGCGGCCGCCUCCUCCUCGGGGCCAUUAAAGCCAAUGAGCCGCGCGCCUCUGCCGAGCGCAGCCAACUAAAUCGGCUUGGAUGAUUCGCGACCUGAGCAAGAUGUACCCGCAGACCAGACACCCGGCACCGCAUCAGCCUGCUCAACCCUUUAAAUUUACAAUUUCCGAAUCCUGUGAUCGGAUUAAGGAAGAGUUUCAGUUUUUACAGGCUCAAUACCACAGUCUGAAGCUGGAAUGUGAGAAACUCGCCAGUGAGAAGACAGAGAUGCAGCGGCAUUAUGUCAUGUAUUAUGAAAUGUCCUAUGGGUUGAAUAUAGAAAUGCACAAGCAGGUAAGUUAUUUUUUUAUAACCAUUUUAAAUGACAGUAAUACUGGUAUACUUUGAAAAGAAAAUU